AUGCCUUCUAAGAUUGAAAAUUAUGCUGACAGUGAAAGUCGGUCUGUUGUUCGUUUUCUGACUGCAAAGAUCACGAAGCCUAGAGACAUUCAUACGCAGAUUUCUGAAAUUUAUGGUGUAAAUGCAAUGGGCGAAAGCAUGGUGCGGAAACGGGUUCGAAUGUUCAAAGAGGGACGAGAAAAUGUGAAUGAUGAACCCAGGAGGGGGCGUCCAUCUUUGGUCAGUGAUGAUUUGAUAAACAAAGUUGACAUUAAGGAAAAGGAAGACACGCGUUUUACCCUUUCCUCACUCUCUUCAAACUUUCCCGAGAUUUCAAGGUCGCUUCUGCAUGAAAUCGUCACUGACCAUUUGGGUUAUCGAAAGGUGUGCUCACGCCGGGUACCGAAGCAGCUGACACAAGUGCAUAAGGAUCAACAGGCUGCCAGCGCAUUGACAUUCCUGACAUGUUACAAUGACGAAAGAGAUGACUUUCUUACUCAUAUUGUGACAGGGGAUGAGACCUGGUUGCCCCACUCCACGCCCGAGUCAAAGCAGCAGUCGAUGCAGUGGAAGCAUACGGAUUCGCCCCAGCCAAAAACAGAAAAGUUCAAGUAG